CAGCCGCGCCGACGGCGGCCGAGUGCGAGCGGGGAGCGCGAGCGGGGAGCGGCGGCCAGAGAGCGGCGAGGCGCCUGCGCGGUGUCCGGGCCCCUGAGCCCGCGGCGCUGAGCCAGCCGGGACGGACAUGCGCGGGAGGGCGCCGUGGGGCAGCGGCGGCUCCGCGGGGGGACCUCGAGCUGCUGGUUGGUGACAGAUCCCUAGGCGUCCCCAGUGAGAGACCUCCAGAGUAAGGCACAAUGUCCACAGCAGGAGUUGCUGCCCAGGAGAUUCGAGUCCCGUUGAAAACCGGAUUCCUGCACGAUGGCCAAGCCUUAAGGACCGUGAGGGCCUGCUGGGGCGGCCGCAGCGAGUUUGAAAAUCACUUUUUGAACAUCGACCCGAUAACCAUGGCCUACAGCCUCAACUCUUCGGCCCAGGAGCACCUCACAUCUCUUGGGCGCGCUGCGACGUCCACGCCAAGGAGCGGCAGCCACUUUGCAGAGCACGGCCCCUCCCAGAAGCCCAGCUUGGCCCCUCUUAUCAUUCCCCCGGGCGAGCACCCGGGACCGCGGGAAGAGGAGCGAGUCGCGUGUGGUUUUAGGAAACUCUCGGUGAACGGCGUGUGCGCUUCUCCCCCUCCGCUCACGCCCAUAAAGAGCCCCGCUUCCCCCUUCCCCUGCACGGCCCUCUGUGAACGCGGUUCCCGGCCCCUCCCGCCACUGCCCAUCUCCGAAGACCUCUCUCUGGACGAGACAGACUGCGAGGUCGAGUUCCUAACCAGCUCGGACACGGACUUCCUCUUGGAAGACUGUACGCUUUCUGGCUUCAAAUAUGAUGUUCCUGGCAGGCGAAGCUUCCGUGGGUGUGGACAGAUCAACUACGCGUAUUUUGAUACCCCAGCUGUCUCCGCGGCAGAUCUCAGCCAGGCGCCUGAGCAGAAUGGAGGUGUGCAAAAUUCAAAUCCUCCUCUGCCUCAGACCCACCGGAGAUUAAGAAGGUCUCAUUCGGGACCAGCUGGAUCCUUCAACAAGCCGGCCAUCAGGAUAUCCAGCUACAUCCACAGAGCGUCUCCGAACUCCGACGAAGACAAACCCGAGGUGCCCCCCAGGGUCCCCAUUCCUCCUCGGCCCGUGAAGCCAGAUUACAGAAGGUGGUCGGCGGAAGUCACUUCUAGCACCUACAGCGACGAAGACCGGCCUCCCAAGGUACCACCGAGAGAACCAUUAUCACGGAGUAACUCCCGCACGCCAAGCCCCAAAAGCCUUCCGUCUUACCUCAAUGGGGUCAUGCCCCCCACGCAGAGCUUUGCCCCUGACCCCAAGUACGUGAGCAGCAAAGCUCUGCAGAGACAGAACAGCGAAGGGUCUGCCAGUAAGGCUCCCUGCAUCCUGCCCGUCAUCGAAAACGGGAAGAAGGUGAGCUCGACACACUAUUACCUACUACCUGAGAGACCGCCGUACCUGGACAAGUUUGAAAAGUUUUUCCGGGAAGCAGAGGAAACAAACUCAAGCACCCACACCCAGCCGCUGUCUGCUGACCGCGGUACAGCCUCGGCCGCAGAAAAGCUGGACUCCAAGACAAGACUGGACCUGGGGGGCCACGUGAGGCGUAAACACUCGUCCUACGUGGUUUCUCCUUAGGCUUCGGCGUCGCGGGUCAGCGGGGGUUCCGUGGGAGCGAGUGGCUCCCCAGCCGCCCUCCAGGCCGGUUGAGGUUCGCAGGAAGAGGUCUCGGAUUGCAGAACAGAGCAGCUGAACCCUCCGUCUUAGAAAGGGUAGGGGCGGUCGCGGGGCGAUCUCGGGCCGAGAAUCCCCGAUCGUGCCGGCGUUGGAGAAAAGUCUGUUCCGGUCCGUAAUUUAAAAGUGGGCGGGCAGGCAGGGAAGGCUGGGGAACCUUGGACAUGUGCAUACAUUAUAGGCCUGUGUAGAAACUCGUGCUGUAACCAUAGACCGUAGCUGCAGGGUAACCAAUUAGUUGCUACCUUAGAGUAAUAUAUAUUCAAGAUGGUAAAAGCUGGGGGGCAACUCCUGACUGAAAAUUGAGCGAAUGGAAGAAAACACAGUAUUGUUUAGAUCAGAAUCAUUAAAAAAAAAAAAAAAAAAAAUUUUAUUUUUUUUUUUUUUUUUUUUUUUUUUUUUUUAGUUUAGUAACUUUGAAGCAUUCAGGCUCCUGGGCCCUGUGAUGUUCUCCUUUAAACUUUGCAAGCAGCCUUUGUCCCCCAGGGCAGGGCGCAGUCCCUGCCGAGGCUCUGCCUGCCCAGCCUAAAAGUCACCCCGAGACCCGGCUCCUUCCGUUUCAUUCCAGGGAGGACAGCAGCGUAUCUGGCAGCCACACGUGCCCUGCUUCUCGAAAGAUGCGAAGCUAGCAGAAUUCGCACGUCCGUUCUCCCUACGGUCCCGGCUCUGUUCUGCCCGCCACGGUGGCCCGGUCUGGCAUGCACCUCGCAGCCACAGGGGCACCGUGCUAGACUCCCCUGGACCAGCAGACCGGUCGCCAGGGCUCCGGGCGUCCCGUUGAAGCGAUCGUGAAACCGCCGGCCACGUAACCGAGUCCCUGGGGGGGCCUGUGUUGCGUUUCCGUGUCGGUUUCCGUAGACUGUGUGAAUGAACAUGGACAGCACAAGCUGGCCUUGUGUUGCUGGUUCCCGUUCAGUAUUUCCUAGGGGCGGUGUGCCUUCCACGUAAAACGCUUUUGCCCAGUAGCGCAGCGUGUUUUAAUGCCACAGGCCACGUCCGCGUCGCUCCGCUUUGGAGACCCUCCCGGCUGCCGCUUCCUUUGGAUUCGGUGAGACCCGCAGCCUGCGCUCAGACACCUGCGUGCUUCGAUGCAUGUAUCUUGUGUAGACAAGCACGAAAGAGAAGGUGCUCACUAACGGAGGUACAUUACUGCAAUGUUCUCUUAACAGUUAAACAAGCUGUUUACAAUUCAAACUGCUGAAUAUUUGAGCUAUUUAAAGCUUAUAUUUUAGUAUGAACUACAUGAAGGUUGAGACAUGCUUUAGAAAAAUGCACUGAUUUCUGCAUUACGUGUACAGUGUUGGACAAAGGAUUUUAUUCAUUUUUGUUGCAUUAUUUUGAAUAUUGUCUUUCCAUUUUAAUAAAGUUAUAAUACUAUUUAUGACACCGUUAA